AUGUAUAAUUCAUUAAGAAAUGUACAUAUCAUUCAAAUUCCUCGAUGGAUCGAAACAUCUGGUGAUUCAUUGUUUUUCGAAAUCCACGGAUUCUCCGAUUCAUCCAUGCUUGCCUAUUCAGCCGCUGUCUACGCUAGAGUAUGUUCAUCUACUAAAGAAAUGGCAUGCAGACUCAUUUGUGCUAAAACGAAAGUAGCCCCAGUCAAACAAUUGAGUAUCCCGAGACUCGAGCUUUGUGGUGCUCACCUUUUAGUUCGUUUGACAAGUCAUGUUACCAGGGCUCUUCAUUUGACAGACGUUCCUAUUCACUUGUGGAGUGAUAGCAAAAAUGUACUGUUCUGGAUUCGAGCUCACUCAUCAACGUGGAAAACCUUCGUUGCUAAUAGGGUGAGUUACAUACAAACAGCCCUACCGAAUACCUUUUGGCAUCACAUUGAAGGUGUUGACAAUCCCGCCGAUUGUGCAACACGUGGUCUAUCACCUGAACAACUUGCACAACAUGACCUUUGGUGGUUCGGUCCCCAUCGUCUUACUCUUUCGAAUGAACCUUGGAGUGAAGAUCACCACUCUCCCGAACCAACCGAAUUACUAGAACAGAAUGUUGUUGCACAUCAAACGACAAUUCCAACUAAAGAUGAAGGAGCCUGGGAUCUAUUUUUUCCCUAUGCAUCUUCUUUCUUAAAACUACUUCGUAUUACUGCCUGGUGUAAACGUUGGCUUUUUUCUUUAACAAGAUUUCGAAACGCCAUCGUCAAUAAACUAGUUCAAUUGCCCAAAAACCUCACACCGACAGAAAUCAAUAAUGCACGACUCCUAUGGAUUAGUACGGUUCAAAAAACGGCAUAUCGUCCUGAAAUAGAAACCUUGUCACGUCCCAAACCAACACUCCCUAAGAAAACCUCAUUGAUGCGACUAAAUCCAUAUCUAGAUGAGAGCAACUUGUUGCGUGUUGGAGGAAGACUAAAGCAUUCUAUUCCGGACCCUGAUGAGAAACAUCCGUUAAUCCUACCGAGAAAAUCUCCACUUACAGAUCUCGUUAUUGACCAUUGUCAUCGGCGAGUGCUGCAUGGAGGUACUCAAUUGACCCUGGCUACCCUCAGACGCCAGUAUUGGAUAACGCAAGGUCGUCAGGCUGUAAAAUCUAGAAUUUCAAACUGCAUGACUUGCGUACGCUAUCGAGCCUCAACUGCCGUACAACAGAUGGCUAAUCUUCCAGCCGAUUGCGUGCAACCAAAACGAGCCUUUUUAAAUACAGGCGUCGACUAUUGUGGACCCAGUCCAAUUAGAACCAGUUCGGGUCGAGGCCGACAGUCCAAAAAGGGAUACAUUUCGGUGUCUGUCUGCCUUACUACGCGAGCAGUUAACUUGGAAGCAGUAUCAGAAUACACCACCGCAAAGUUCUUAUCAGCAUUUAAUCGCUUUAGUGGUCGCAGGGGUUUUCCCUUGACUAUGCGUAGUGAUUGUGCUACCAAUUUUGUAGGUGCGGACUCAGAGUUGCGUAAGCUAUUUUCUUCUGCUUCCAAGUUCUCAACUACUGUUGCCGAAACCCUUGCAAACGAUGGUACUACUUGGCUAUUCAACCCCCCUAGUGCUCCUCAUCAGGGAGGUCUUUGGGAGGCAGCAGUCAAGUCUGUAAAGUUCCAUCUUAAACGUGUUAUCGGAGAUGCGACCUUGACUUACGAAGAAAUUUCAACCUUGUUAAUUCAGAUUGAAGCUUGUUUAAAUUCGAGACCCCUGCAAGCUCUUUCGGAUGAUCCUGAAGAUCUUUCGGCCUUAACCCCAGGGUAUUUUCUUAUUGGGACGGCCUUGACAACAGUUCCCGAACCUUCUCUGUUGGAAAUAAACAUUAAUAGAUUGACUCGCUGGUCCCUGGUGCAAAGAAUGUACCAAGACUUUUGGCUUCGUUGGUCAAAGGAAUACCUUCAUUCCUUGCAAGCCUUGCCAAAAUGGCAACGACCAAAAUCAUCAGUCAGAGUUGGUGAUCUUGCUGUUCUAAAAAAUGAGACAUUACCUCCAUCAAAAUGGCCAUUGUGUAGAAUUGUUGAUAUACAUCCGGGCGAUGAUGGUCUGGUGCGUGUCGUCAAGGUCAGGACGGCAUCCUCAGUUUAUAAACGACCUAUUACUAAAUUAUGUUUGCUACCAACUCAUGAUAAUAAUUAUCGGCCACUUGUUGAGUAA